CCCUUCUCAGAGCAGCGAUCACGCCGAGGAGAUCAGCAGCUUGACCUUGAUCAAGGCUAUAAUAGUUAUCAAUUCAAUAACUACGGCAACGGCGCUAUUUUGGAUGAAGGUCGUCAACAAUAUCAACAAGAACUACAGCAACCUGAAAACGGUGGACAUCAGCAACGAAUGAGAAAUAACCAAGAACAGUACCAGCAACAUGCCAACAGCUACGGAAACUACGGCAACAGCACAAUGGAUUCCCGGCAACACGACGAAGAAGACUUCAACUUCAGAGCGGAGUCUUGUUAUGCAGGACAGCAGGGACGGGGAUACAACAACCAGCAAUUACCAGGUAGCCAACAAGACCACAAGAACAAAGGAGGCUAUCAAUAUCAAAAAGGAGGAGCUGGAGGCUAUGGCUAUCAGCAACAGCAACACUACAGUCAGGGUGGGGAUGGUGCCUCCUUUGGAGUAGGCCGGCAGUACAACAGCGAUCAUAGCGGAGCAGCAAGCACGGGCGCAGAGCAGGGUAAAUACGAUCCCGAACUGCAUCCGAGUCGAAUCCACCAGCACUAUCAACAACACACUGAGCGCUAUCCACGUCAUUCGGACGACCGAAGAGACCAUGCCUCCUAUGCAAGUGUUGGCGACCAGGGUGAUAGAUUGUACUCGGUGCGGGGAAAACAAGACGAGGAUCGCACUUAUCAAGAGGAGAGGAGUAGUCGAGGCUACUCGCGCCAAGGCACCCGUCGUGAAGGGCACACUUGUUCUUCAGGUGGACAAGGG